CUAAAGAGAAGCAGUACCUGACAGACUUCAACUCAGAACCAAAUAAGGUUGACACAAUGGAAGACCUACAAGCAGCUAAUACAAGCUUUGUCCUCGAUCUUUUCAAGGAGCUAGCUAAAGCAAAUAACAAUAAGAAUAUCUUCUUCUCCCCUUGGAGCAUUUCUUCUACUAUGGCCAUGGUCUAUCUAGGAGCCAGAGGUAACACUGCAGCUCAGAUGUCAGAGGUUCUUCAUUUUAAUCAAGUUGGAGGAGAUGAAGUAGACAAAGCUACCCAAGUGGCCAUAAAGGAGCCAAUUCAUUGUGAAAUGAUGCAGCAAAUUCGAAAAGGAGAUUAUCCCCCUGCCAUUCAGAAGACCCAAGCCAGAAAUGAAAUCCAUACUGGAUUCCAGGCACUUGGAUCUGCAGUCAACAAAUCCUCUGAAGUUUAUGUACUUGAAAGUGCCAAUAAACUAUUUGGAGAGAAAUCUUUUCAGUUUAAAGAAGAAUACAUGCGUCUCUGUAAGAAAUAUUACUCGGCAGAGCCUCAAGCAGUAAACUUUAUAGAAAAUGCAAAUGAAACCAGAAAAGAGAUCAACUCCUGGGUAGAAAUUCAGACAAAAGGUAAAAUUCCAGCUCUGUUACCUGAAGGUACUGUGGAUGAGGAGACCAAGAUGAUCCUUGUGAAUGCUGUCUACUUCAAAGGAAAGUGGGAAAAUCAGUUUCAAAAGAAAGCCACAAAGCAGCAACCUUUCCAAGUGAACUUGUCCCAGCAUAAACCAGUACAGAUGAUGCACCAGAAAGCAAAACUCCAGAUUGGCUACAUAGAAGAUCUGAAAACUCAGGUUCUUGAACUGCCUUAUAAAGGAGAUAUCAGCAUGUUUCUACUAUUACCAGAUGAAAUCAAUGAUUCAUCAACCGGGUUGGAUCAGCUUGAAAAGGAAUUAACCUAUGAAAAACUGAAUGAGUGGACCAGCAAAUCCACGAUGAAGAAGGGACUUGUGUAUGUGUACCUGCCUCAAUUCAAGCUGGAAGAGAAUUGUGAAUUGAAAUCCAUUCUGAGCAGCAUGGGAAUGAAAGAUGCCUUCACCCCUGGGAAAGCCAACUUUUCAGGCAUGUCAGAAAAGAACAACUUGUUUCUAUCCCAAGUGUUCCACAAGGCCUCUGUGGAGGUCAAUGAAGAAGGCACGGAGGCAGCGGCUGGUUCUGGAGCUGUCACGUCAGGAAGAACUGGCUAUGUUGAACUUCAGUUUGUGGCAGAUCAUCCUUUCCUGUUCUUUAUCAAGCACAACAAAACCAAUAGCAUCCUCUUCUAUGGCAGAUUCUGUUCCCCAUAAAACAGGGACAUCCUGUUUCCCAACAGGAUCUUGCAACCUGAGAGAUAAACCUCAAAGUUGUUAGUGUGAAUGUCAAAACAGCUCAGAAACUUUGUUCCUCAUGUCCCUUUUACUCCCGCUAAUUGCCAUACUGAUACUUAUUAGUUGUUGGAUUUAUCACCCUAAAUACAAUUCAUAGUACUUGUAAUUGCUUAUUAUUAAUAUCCUUUGUUAUUAUUAUUAUUGUUGCUUGGGAAGUUUUUUUACAUCUAAAAUGUGGUCAUUGUGUUAUUUAUUUUAUUGGAUCAAUAGAUAUAAAUAAGUGAUUGUCCUUCAAGUUCAAAGAUUUUGGCUAGUGAUAGUGAGAGUCUAGCUAUGCAUGCUAAUGUGUCUCCUAAGAUCAAUUUGUGACCAAUAAUCCCUUCCACAUGGAACACUCUUAAAGACUGUCCUUUGCAGGGCAAUCAUAUUUGAUAUCCUAAAUACUGCAACCAUUUUCCUUUUCUCUCUCUCGGAGCCAUGAUGCCCUCAAAGUCCCUAUUCUGAGAGCCCUCAAAUUUCUAAUUGCUGGACACCAAAGCAGAAAUGGUUUUAAAAGUUAAUAAAUUGAGUGAGUGAACUACUUCAGGGUAUAAUAUCAGAGCAGGGGGUGGCCUGGACUGGCCUGGCCUGGCAGCAGUUAAAAAAGUAAAAGCUGGAACUGGAAGCCACCUCUGUGUGAACAGGGACCUGGAAAAGGAAUACAAUGGCUCUGGAGCAAGGGUGGAAGGGGUGUCAGGGUCCCAUCUGGAGAAAUGUUCUAGGUUUGGAGGCUUGAAUGGACUUCUGCAUGACAUCAAUCAAUCAAUCAAUUGCAUUUAUUGAGCGCUUACUUUGUGCAGAGCACUGUACUAAGACCUUGGGAGAGAACAAUAAAACAAUAUAACAAACACAUUCCCUGCACACAACGAGCUGAUGACAUCAUUAUGAUACACCUGCAGCAUAAUAUAGUGACAUCAUAUGGAAUCUCUCAUGCACACACAAAAUGACAUCUUUUGGAAGGUGGGGGACAGUUUGCCUCAUGCCUGACACUGCCUCGUCACCAAGGUGAUUUGUAUUCUGAGGCUGUUUCUGUUCUCCACAGCUAUGCCCCAUUGCGUGAAGUUUUACUCCUCUGUGAUUUAAAAUUGUGCUUAAAUUGGCUCCUGGACUGCUUUUUCAGAAAUAGCCAGUAAUAAUGUUGGGCUGCCAAUUUCAAGCCACAGAAUUGCAUCCAUUAUAUUUUUGUAGCAAAUGAUUCAAAGACCCCUCUCAGAAUAUUGGUACAAUUGCAAAAUUAAGGCAAAAAUCUACCUUCAAGAACUACACCUAAGGCCAGUAAAUGUUUCAACAAUGCAAAAACAAAUGAUACAUGUAUUUCUAACAUUUGAUUUUAUAUUACAGAAGCACCUUUGAAAUUUAAAGUGGCCAUAUACAAAUGCUACGUGAUUGAACCAAUAAAGAGGUU